AUGGCUGAUAGUUCAACACCUACUCCAUUAAGCUCAUCACUUCCAAGAGAAGACUUCCUUUGUGGAGUCGUCGAAGGAUUUUACGGACGACCAUGGACACUAGAACAACGCAAAGAUCUGUUUGCAAAACUUAAAAAAUUCGGCAUGAACACGUACUUGUACGCUCCGAAAGAUGAUCUGAAGCACCGAGCUUGUUGGCGAGAACUGUACAGUGUCGAAGAGGCCGAGCAGUUGGCCACCUUGAUGAACAAUGCUAAGUCACAAAACAUUCUAUUCAUUUACGCCCUGUCACCGGGGCUGGAUAUUGUCUACUCUAAUCCGAAGGACAUUGCCGCCCUGAAGCGGAAGCUAGACCAGGUGAAGCAGCUCGGUGAGCCGGCCUUUGCACUUCUCUUCGACGACAUUGACAUCGAACUGAAUGCCUCCGACAAGGAAGUGUUCAACUCCUUUGCGAGCGCCCAAGUGGCGGUCACCAACGAGGUCUACGACCACCUAAAGCAGCCCACCUUUCUCUUCUGCCCCACUGAGUACUGCUCGUCGCGGGCGGUGCCCUCGGUCUCCAACUCGGAGUACCUGGCCACCAUUGGAAGUAAACUCAGUCCGAACAUUGACGUCAUGUGGACCGGAACUAGAGUCAUCUCGCAGACAAUUCGCCUUUCGCAGAUUCAAGAACUGUCCGAAGUUCUCCGCCGCAAGCCGGUUAUUUGGGACAACUUGCACGCCAAUGACUACGACCAGAAGCGACUGUUUCUCGGUCCGUACAGUGGCCGCUCUACGAAGCUGCUAAUGCAUCUAAAGGGCGUUCUGACCAAUCCAAACAAUGAAAUGGAGCUCGAUUUUAUACCCAUCCACACACUGGCGCAGUGGGCCAAAUCGAGUUCGGACGCCAAUGAGAACCCCUGUUCAGAUGUUAAGCUCGAAUCGGAGCUGGAAAACGGCUCUAUUGAGGACAUACCGACCGAGCUCAACCCCAAUGUGUAUCAUCCUAAAAAUGCUUUGCGAAUAUCAAUCAACGAGUGGAUCAGCGAGUUUUACAAAGUAAAAAACCCUGAGGUGCCAAACAAGUCCAGUUCGGGUAUGCUGACUCACUCAAACUCCUCUAUCAGUAACUUUGUCACUGCUACUGCUUACGAGCAAACGGUCAUUUCAAGCAGCCCAAACAUCGUGAAGAGCAGCACUACUAGUGGCACAGAUACCGAAAAGGAAGAGCCAAUGAGCAAAAUUGAGGGAGAGGAAAACGCCGAGAACAAUCUGCUGAACAAAGAAAACAUCCAGAGUCCUAAUUUGGAGCCCAUGGACUGCAACCCGAGCCCAGAACAUUCACCAAAGUUAGCUUCACUAGACGUCCCAAUGGUGGAGAACUCAAAGGAAGAGUCCAGCACUGCAAAGAGCAUGACUAGCGUCGAUUCGGCGGAGGAAAUGCAGACCGAGGUGACUUCGCUGUCUGAAGUGGACGAGGAGACAAAGGCAAACAUGCUGACGUACGAGGACUUGGCCCUUCUCGUGGACCUCUUCUACCUGCCUUUCGAGCACGGCGCACAGGGCGUACAAAUACUGCUCGAAUUUCAUUGGCUCAAGACCAAUGGAUACGUCGUCUCUGAGCACCGGCGGAAGCGAAGCAAUGAGGUCAUUCUCAGCUCCGAGAUCAACGAGUGGUACGAGCGUGCGGCCAAGUUCAACGACAUCACUCUGGCCAUUGGACGUCUCCUGACUCGUCUCACCUUCUGCAAGAACCGGUCUCUUCUCUACGAGUUGUACCCCUACGUGUGGGACAUCAAGGGCGUCAUCUCGCUGCUCAACUCUUACGUCAAAUGGAUUGGUAAGUGGAAGUGGCUCCUCGGAUUUUCCAAGGGCUACAGAGAGGCAUUUCAGAGUGGCGAGCAAGAGCCUUGGUUGUUUCGCGGCGGCCUCACCGGUGAACUUCAGCGCCUUUUGCCUGUUGAGACUGCUAGUGAUUUGUUCGUGUAUCCACCUCCCGAAUCUCCCACCACAAUUUACACUAUCAGACCAUAUUUAAGCAGUGAUAAAUCAAAAGUCUACGAUAUCUUCCUAAAGAACUUUGUAGAUUGCAACACCAUUUUGGAUGAUCAGCAGUCACUAAUUGGAGACAAGUAA